AUGGCCGAUAACUUCAACACAGAAAUUAUCCUGGGCACGAUCCGAAAUUAUGAUAACGGGCUAGGAUACACUUAUCUGAUGACGACGUCGAAGCCAGUAUCCUUGGCCAUCGUUGAAUAUGCAUCUGGAAAACCCGUCAUUGGCUUUACUCCCUUGCGGAGACAACGCCGCUUCACCGUUAAUCUUCUGCUUCUCCACUGUUCUGCGGACGACAAGACAGACGGGUUCCUUAACGUCGAGGUCACAGGAUUGAAGGAGACGUCGAAGAAGGGUAUUGGCUAUUUCCACGAGGUCAUGGAUAAAGAGGACAAGUGGAUCGUCCAACGUCUGUUUGAGAAUGGUGUUGUUCAAGCGUUUUUUGGACGCGGCAUGGUCGGUUCUUGUUGCUAG